AUGGAUAAUGUGCUCACCUGGGACGAGAACAAAGUGAGCAAAUGGCUUGCAUCGAUUGGCUACUCUGCAUACGAAAAGCAGUUCAAAGAACACGGCAUUACUGGCGAUGUGCUUGUCAAUCUCGACCAUGAAACGCUCAAAGAUCUUUCUAUGCAUUCGGUUGGCCAACGUAUGGAGAUCCUCAAGCACAUAUAUACCCUGAAAGCCCUUUGGCGUAUACCUUUGAACGAGUGGGAUUAUGUUCCUCCAACUGUUCUUUAUGAAAACGAUUGGCUUGGACAGAAUGGAAUGGCUGAUUAUCGCAAAAUCGAAGCUGCAUUUCAUGAGCGAGAUGGCCAUAUGAGACAACUUACAGAAGAACUUCACCGUGUCAGUAACGAGAUGAUGCGAUUGAGAGAGGAGAUGGGUCAGCAUUGGAAGCUUCCCAAGGAUAAAAAGCCUUUACCUGUCUUUGAAAUCGAAAAGUCGCCAUCCACGACAUCCGCACCUAAAGCAGUCGCCCACUUUAUGCAAAAGUCUGGCCAGCUCUUAACACCACCUUCAUUAUCUUCCAAUCAUGGUGGCGCCAAUGGUGAUUACUUUAGCAAUUCAUCUUUCACCUCGCUUGACAAGUCCGUUAGUGACGAAAUCAAGCCCGCUGGUCCUAAUGUCAUGGUGAAUGAUGGUGGAGCAAUCAAAGUGUAUGGAGACAAGAUAUCCAACAACUCCAAGGUGGAAUUGGAAUCAUCAAAGAAUGUGCGACUUUUAUUGGAUGAUACGUGCUCCAAGGUCAUUACAUCUGCGCUCAAGAAGUACAAUGUCGUCGCUGAUUGGCAACAAUAUUCGCUUUGGAUUCAAUAUGGUCCCUAUGAUAACCCACAAGAACGUCAAUUGGGAUAUGAUGAGAAGCCGCUAAAGAUUUCACAAAAGCUCAAGGAAGCCAAACAGAAUCCAGUAUUUGUGCUCAAGCAUGUCAAAGAUAACAAAGUAUUCAACCCUGCACAGCAUGCAUCGAAUAGCUCUGACAACAAAAUGGAAGGGUCUUCGAGUCGAUCGAAUCACUUGUUGAAUGCAUUUACAUCACCACGCCCUGCACCUAAACCUACGCCGCCAAUCACCUAUGACGAUGAUCAUCAUAGUGGAAGAUCCACACCACAGAAUGGAAAUGGAUGGAAGAAUAGCUCAGCUGAUAAGCGAACAUUGGAGCAUCCCAAAACAGCAAUUACAUCAGGGCGAGUUGGAUAUGAAGUCGUUGUACCCGUCAUGUCAUCCUCUAUAUCGACACCGACUCCAUCAACAUCCUCCGUGGGGGGAGCCAAUGGAAAUGACACGCCACCUUCUUCUUCUACUACAACUACUACACUUACGCCAUCCUCAGCAAAACGCGCUGGCACUAUUAACAGAAAGCCGUCUGAGAACUUGUUGAGCGAGCUUGGAUUAGAAAGCGGGAUGGCCAAUGUGAUAUACACGAUCAUGAUGGAUCAAAAUCAGAAUGGGAACUGA